AAACCCAUAUCUUUGCAUCGACAAAAAUGGUGGUGGCGCCAAAGGAGCCGGUGGGGCCGAUGGCGUCGCUCCAGGCACAGAUGAGCGCGACGCGCUUGGGGCUCGGGAAGCUUACGAGCCUGCUCUCGGACGACGUCGGGCAGCUCCACGGUGAAAUGCACAACAAGCUGCACAUGGUCCACGAGAGCUGCAUCGACGGCCGCACCGAGCUUUGCAACGCACUCGACCGGCUCGAGUUUCGGUUCGAACACCAUGUGCGCGACUGCCACGUACUCGCGCAGACGGUCGAUGGCCUCCGCGAUUCCCUCGAGCAGCUGCAGCGCCGCCUCCGACGCACGAACGCCGACGUUGCGCAGCAGCAAGAGUUCAUCGUGCAGCAAGCAAACGCGCUUCUGAGCGCCAAGCUGGACGCGGUCGUACUCGAACACGAACGCCAGCUUCGCGAACUCGAGCGACAUGUGCGCGACCGCCUGCAACGCACCGACGACCAGCUCCGAGAAGCGGUGGUUGGCGCGACCACGCGCUGGGCAGAUAUGGACGCUACGCGUACACGCCACGACCACGUACUGCGCUCGGUGUUUGACCAGCUCCGGGAACUGCGCCACGACGUGGCUGAUGCGACGGCCACGCGGAACACUGGCGCGCAAGACGUGGAUGCGUCCUUGUACGAUAUGGAAGAGCGCAUGCGGCUGGACGCGGCGCGUCUCAACGAUCGGUUGCAAGUACUCGAGGCGUCGCUCGCAGCGCGGCGAUCGAGCGAGCUUCUGACGCUAGAGGCAGCGACAAAGGCCCGCCUGGACGGCCUCGCCGAGACGCUCACAGCUGUGCUUCGGCUUGUCCACGCGUUGCAUCGCGCGCCGUAGCUUCUCAACCACUUGAAUGCAUCUUUGGAUGUUGAGCCGA